ACAUGGAUGAGAAUGGGAGGGGGAAUUGGGAAAGGAAUAUAGCGGGAAAACAAGGACGCGUAUACGUUUCUUUGUUUCUCUCUCACACACACACACAGACACGCGGCAGCACGAAGGGGUGUGGGAGAAGCGGGGUACGUGGACAAGAACGGUGGGCGGGACCUAGAGUUUGACGGCGCUAAUACGAUUGGUUGUUGCAUAUCAGCCAAUAGAAACGCAGCCGCUUUAGCUAUAAGAAAGGCGUUCGGCAACCGGCACUCAUUAUUUCAGCUUAGUUCGGCAAAGUUGAUAGAAGCGCAAAAUGAGUGGAAGAGGUAAAACCGGUGGUAAAGCUAGGGCCAAAGCCAAGACUCGCUCCUCCCGCGCUGGGCUGCAGUUCCCUGUGGGCCGUGUGCACAGACUUCUGCGCAAAGGAAACUAUGCCGAGCGUGUUGGCGCCGGCGCUCCCGUCUACUUGGCUGCCGUGCUCGAGUAUCUGACUGCUGAGAUUCUCGAGUUGGCUGGUAACGCUGCUCGCGACAACAAGAAGACCCGUAUCAUUCCUCGUCAUCUGCAGCUGGCUGUUCGUAACGACGAGGAGCUCAACAAACUGCUCGGAGGAGUCACCAUCGCUCAGGGUGGCGUACUGCCCAACAUUCAGGCCGUACUGUUGCCUAAAAAGACCGAGAAGGUGGCUAAGACCAAGUAAAUUGUUUUUCUUUUUUUACGUAACCAAAGGCUCUUUUAAGAGCCACCCACUUCUGCGACAAACGUGCUGUUUUUUCCCUUGUCACCGCCCCCCCCCAAAUCAGUUUAUGAUUACUGUUUACGUGAGCGUGAAAUAAAAGACACAGCACCCCCACGUCCCCCGACUGCAUACUGAAUAAUGUUUAGAAGCUCUCUAUCCACUCAUUCCUGAAGCAAACUGAAACUCAGACGUCCAUAUAAUGACGCCAGUUCAGGAGUAACGCGUGUAAUAAUUACGUGUAAGAUAUAGAAAAAUAAUUUCGAAUUUCCAGUUAAUCUUGAAAAGCUCUGCAUGCUAACAAAAACAAGGCUGUGAUGCAGAAGCCCGCCACGCCGUUGGAGCAAAGUCUCGUUUUUUUUUGUCAAAAAUUUGGCGCGAAAGAAGACGCCCAA